ACAACAGGUGCAUAGUUGCACAAAUGCUAUAGUUGAAAAGAAUAAGAACGAAAUGUUUCUGUGUCUAUAAUUCAUUGCAGUUUGCAGCUACUACACGAAAAGACAGUCAUUCGCCAAGUCACUUUCCGAAGAGAACUCUUUAACCUUAUACGAAUGUCACUGGGCCUUCUUUUUGGUUUUUUUGUCACCCUAACCGGGUUUGUGGUCACCUUUCCAGCUUCCCCAGCAGAAAAAAAUGUCGUUUCCUAUUCAAAAUUUCAAGUGUGGAGAAUAACCCCAAGUACAAUUGAAGAAAAUCAGUUUCUUAUGAAAAUUAGUAAAACAUACGGUCUGACAGUUUUGAAUGAAGCAAAAUUGGUCAAUACCCCUGUGGAUUUGUUAAUUCCACCUGAAUUAAAGAAAAAACUGGAAAAUAAAAUGACGCGUGCAAAUAUUACACAUGUCGUCACGAUCGGAGACUUACAGAGGGCAAUCAACAACCAAAAUUUGAACGCAAAUAUCCGCAAUUCCAAAACAGCACCUUAUAACAUGACCUGGACUAGCUACCAUCGACUAAGUGACAUAUAUGGUUACAUGAAUUAUCUGGCUGUCACUUAUCCAAGCGUUGUUUCCCUAAUUAACAUUGGCAUCUCAUACGAAAAAAGACCGCUAUACGUUCUUCGCAUUUCAAACUCUUCGUCUCCCGGCACAAAACCCGCUAUAUGGAUCGACGGAGGAAUUCACGCUCGUGAAUGGAUUGCUCCAGCAGUUGCCAGUUAUUUUAUUCAACAACUUGUGGAAGUGCCAGCAAACGCAAAGCUUCUGACAAAUGUCGUGUGGUACAUAAUGCCCGUCAUGAAUCCCGAUGGUUAUGAGUAUUCAUUUGUUACUGAUCGGCUUUGGCGUAAAACUCGUUCAUUGACAAGCUCAUCAAGUUGUCGAGGUGUUGACCCCAAUCGUAACUUUGGUUAUAAAUGGGGUGGUCUUGGCACCAGCACAGAUCCGUGUUCCGAAAUUUACAAAGGGACCAAAGCUUUCUCAGAGCCUGAAACAAACGCCACUUCAAAUUUCAUUUUGGGAAAGGCCAAUCAAAUCAAACUUUACCUAACCCUGCAUAGCUAUGGACAGUACGCACUAAUCCCAUGGGGGUAUGAUGUUGCUUAUCCACCUGACUAUAACGAUAUGUUGGCACUUGCCAACAAAACCGUUUCUAAAUUCGUUAAAUAUAAAUUUUCCGUUGGUAAUUCAGCCGAUCUACUUUAUGCUGCUGCAGGUGGUUCGGACGACUGGGCUAAAUCAGUUGGCAUCAAGUAUAGUUAUACUUUUGAACUUGCGGAUACAGGCACGUACGGUUUUACUUUGCCUGCCUCCCAAAUUUUGCCAGUGAGCCAAGACUUCUUUCCCGCAUUGGAUGUAUUUGCCACUCAAGUAGCUGUUUGUUGUGGAGAUGCAACUACAACAACCUCCAAACUCACUUCUACUAAACCGACCACUCCCAAAUCCACUUCUAUUAAAUCUACCACUUACAAACCCACUUCUGUUAAACCUACCACUGCCAAACCCACUGCUACACCAACCACCUCUAAACCAUCUUCUUCUAAACCUACUACCUUGAAACUAUCAACAAGUACCAACAAACCAACAACCACUCCAAGGAAACCUAUUGGUUAAUUCUCUAUGUUGUUCAUGUUCCUGUGCUUGCUGUGCAUAUAAGUUGUUUACAGCAGGAAUUCCGACAAUGCAAUGGCAUAAUCAGCAAGUUUUGAAAAUAUUGAAUUUAUUGGGUGGGGGGUCUUUACCGUGACAAUAAAGAGACAGAGUUUGGCGAGAAA